AUGUCCCUCUACCACGAGACAGCCGCCAUUCUCACGGCCGCUGGUCCCAACGCCACCCACGGCGGCAGUCUCAAGUCUCGCAUUUUCAAAGACAAAUCCCUUAAGUCGCCUCCCGCCCAAGUCUACGCUCUAGCCCUAGAAACCAGCAAAUGGUCCGCCAUCCUCAAAGAAGUCGUCGAGGCCUCGGACCUGCUCAAGCACGAGCGAAAACUCACGCCCGCUCUCUCCCUCUUGCUCGUGCACGAUUUGCUGCUUUCCAAAUCGGGUAUCGCCCUGCCCGCCACCCACGGCUUGCGGGUCUCCAUUGAACGACACAAGGCCCGCUUGAACUCGGAGUUUGUCCGCGCGCGCAUACGGCGCAAAUGUGCUACACUGGAUGCGCUGCGGACGCAGGUAGAGAUUGAAGCUAGGGGAGGAUGUCCCGUGCAUCCGCGGUGGAUCAGGGUGAACACUUUGAAAUCGACAGUGGAAGAACAGUUGGCUACGACGUUCAAGGGGUGGGAGGUGGUGGAGAGCGUGGCCGAGGUGAUCAAGGCGGCCGAUGCUUUCGAUGGGCAGGGAAAGAAGGGGAAGAAGGUGAUUCACAUUGAUGGACACAUUCCCAAUCUCAUUGCCGCCUGUCCCGGGGUAGCAGAUUUCACAAAGACGGAGGCGUACAAGUCCGGCAAGAUUAUCUUGCAGGAUAAAGCUUCGUGUUUCCCUGCGUAUUUGCUGGAUCCUAGACCGGAGAGAGAUGGAGAUGUCAUGGAUACGUGCGCGGCGCCGGGGAACAAGACGACGCAUUUGGCAGCGAUUGUGCAUUCACGGGGGACGACGACGAUAUUCGCAUUCGAAAAAGACCCUCACCGCGCCAAAACUUUACAGAAGAUGGUCAAAACCGCCGGCUCUGACACCUUUACUGUCGUCAACGCCGGUAAAGACUUUCUCAAGGUCAACCCUUCGGAUGCCAAGUACCGAAACGUCGGGGCUUUACUUCUUGAUCCUUCCUGCUCUGGUUCGGGAAUUGUGGGGAGGGAUGAUGCUCCCACUCUCCACCUUCCCUCUGCUCCUUCCUCUUCCUCUUCCUCUUCCUCCACCAUCAACACCAAAGCCAAUCCCAAAGGCAAACAAAAUAAUAACAAGCGCAAGUCUCCGCCAACGACUACAACUACAGAGACCCAAGAACCCCCAGCCAAAGUUCUGAUCGACGACGACGGCGUCGCCAUUCCCGUUUCCUCCCAGGCCGACCUCGAAGCGCGCAUCGCUUCGCUCGCCUCGUUUCAGCUGACCCUGCUGCAACACGCCAUGUCGUUUCCUGCUGCCAAGCGCAUCACGUACAGCACUUGCUCGAUCCACGCGGGGGAGAACGAGAACGUGGUUUUGCGGGCUUUGGCUUCCGAUGUUGCGAAAAGGAGAGGGUGGAGGGUGUUGAAACGCCAAGAGCAGGUGGAGGGGAUGAGGAGGUGGGAUGUUCGGGGAGAAGCCGAGGCGAUGACUUUGGAGGAGGGAGAGGUCAGGGAUGCAGUGAUUAGAGCCUAUUAUCGGGAUGAUGGUAGGGGAGUCAUGGGGUUCUUUGUGGCGGGGUUUGUGAGGGACGGGACUAUUGAUGAUCCGGUCUAUCUAGAUGAUGGUGUGGAGCAGCAGCAAGAGGGCGAAGAGGAAGAACAAGAAGACCCCGAAGGACCGUUUGUGAGGGAUGAGCAAGGACAGAUUGUCAGAGACGAAAAUGGGAUUCCUACGUUGAAGAGCACGGGGAAGAAGGCGGUGGAUUUGAAAGAGUUGGAGGGCGAUGAAGAGAGUUCGGUGGAGUAUCGUAUUGAGGGGCAAGAAGAGGAAGAUGAAGAGGAGCCGUACCAGAGGGAUGGGAAGGGGAAUAUUGUGAGGGAUGACGAAGGAUUGCCGGUUUUGAAGGAGGGGAGGAGUGAUGAGAGCGAGGAGGAGGAGGAGGGUGGUGAGGAUGGUGAUGAAUGGGGUGGUUUUGAUGAUUAGGUUAUAUUGGAGGACAGAGUUGAUGGGAAACUGGAAGCAUAACCGGGUAACAACAUCAGUACACAGGAGUCACAUCAGUGAUAGCUCUCCCCAGCGCUUCACACAGGUCAAAUUCGAGUUCGCAUCUGGCUGACUUGUGAGAUCCGUUGUCGAAUUUGACGUGUUAUUACCUGUUAGGGAAUGGGUCAACAGACAGGCGCCUGAGCUCUCACCGACGAAUACCCAUAUUGAAAUUGGUUUGCUUUCCGAAGCCUAUUUGUAAAUAGUUUCUUUGAAAUCUACCAAUACAGAACGGUAUUCCGGGUG